CAGAAUCACAUUACCACAAUCCCAAGAAAAUCCACUACAAGAAGACCCAUUUCUCUCGCUGCACCAGUCCCACGAGUUCCAGACACAGAGGAAGCUCUUUGACGAUAUGAAGUGUCUUCUUUUGACUGUGUCCUCGCACAAGGGUCGAGUUUCCUGUCGUUCUGUGUCCAUUUGUAUUAGGUUUCUGGGUAGGCAAGGGAGGAUUAAAGAAGCCCUUUGCGUGUUUGAAGAAAUGGAAUCAAAAUUUGGGUGUAAACCUGAUAAUCUUGUGUACAAUAAUAUGCUCUACGUGCUUUGUAAGAAGGAGUCAUCUGGGCAUUUAAUUGAUUUUGCACUUGCAGUUUUUCGGAGAAUCGAAUCCCCUGAUACAUAUUCGUAUAGUAACAUGCUCGUUGGUUUAUGUAAAUUUGGUAGAUUUGAAACUGCCGUUGAAGUUUUUGGUGAUAUGUGUAAGUCUGGCUUGGUUCCUACUCGGUCUGCAGUGAAUGCUCUUAUUGGCGAUUUGUGUUCAUUUAGUGCGAAAGAAGGAGCUGUUGAGAAAGUAAGAGUGAAAGAUCCUUAUAGAACCUUUACAAUUUUAGUUCCUAAAGUGGGUGGAAACAGUGAUGCUAUACAGCCUGCAGUUGGAGUGUUUUGGGAAGUUUAUAAAUUGGGUUUAUUACCUAGUGCAUUUGUCAUAAUCCGGCUUAUAUCGGGGCUUUGUCAACUGGGAAAAGCGGAAGAGGCUGUCAAGGUCUUGAAGGCCAUUGAGGGUAAGAAGCUGAGUUGUGUCGAAGAGGGCUACUGCAUUGUGAUGAAGGCUUUGUGUGAACACUGUUACGUUGAUGAAGCUAGCAAUUUGUUUGGGAGGAUGCUCUCCCACUCCAUGAAACCAAAGUUGGCUGUUUAUAAUCAUGUUAUCACUAUGCUAUGCAAAUUAGGGAAUGUGGAUGAUGCUGAAAGGGUCUUUAAGAUAAUGAACAAGAAUAGAUGUCUUCCAGAUGGUAUGACCUAUUCUGCGUUGAUCCAUGCUUUUUGUGAAGCUGGAAAUUGGGAAACUGCUUAUGGCUUACUGAUAGAAAUGCUUGGGUUGGGCUGCUCACCACAUUUUCACACUUAUAGGUUAGUUGACAAAAUUUUGAGGGAAAAUGGGCAGAUGGAUUUGUGUCUUAAAUUGGAAAGGAAGUUGGAAACCCUGACGUUGCAGAAGCUGUGUAAAGAUGGCCAGUUAGAAGCUGCAUAUGAGAAACUAAAGACAAUGAUUGAAAAGGGGUUUUACCCACCAGUUUACGUGAGGGAUGCUUUUCAGAAUGCGUUCCGAAGGUAUGGAAAAUCAAAAAUAGCUCAGGAAUUGCUAGAGAAGAUAGAUGAAAUAGAUAGAACUUAGCUGUUGAUGACCUAUUAACAAGAAAUAUUUUCCUCCUUUAACUGAAGAGUUGUGAGUUCUAACCGAUUUCUUGUUACAAUUCUUUUAUAUAUGUGGUUCCAUACAUGUA